AUGAACUACACACAAGAAUAUGAAAGAGGCGAGCGUCGCCUGCGCCAUGAGAUGCGCGAAAAGGCGCCCAUGCGCGACACAUUCUUUGGCAUCAAAGCCGAGCCGCAAAGGCCAACGUCGGUAGCGACCGAGUUCAUGGACAUGGAAUGGGACGACGACGUGCUCAGCGAGUUUGAAGACAACUCUCCUCGGAUCAGUGUCAACUCUUCUGGCGGCCAGCCAAGUAUCACAACACUCUCAUCCUACGAUGAGGUGCAGACGCCAAGAUCGAGUCAAGGGCGGAUGAUGUAUGCGACAGAGAUGAUGGAGUCACCAAACAAGAACAUUGAGGGUCCUUCCGGCCCGCACCUGUUCCGUGCUUCCACCGCCAGCUACUUUGACGAGGCCAUCCUGACGCUGUCCCCGGUGACACCCAAGACGGCGCGACCUUUCGAUGAGCCAUUCCGACACAUCAGACCGCAGCAGCCGCCGAUGCCCCCAUCCAGACACCAGAGCGGUCCCUUUCAGUUCACGUACGAAGAGUUUGAGUCGAGGGAGCUCGUCUCAUGGACGCCAGAGAUGGUUGCGCAGUCGAUGCUCAAUGCUGGCAUUGAGCUCUCGGUCGCCGGCCGCUUCGUGGAGAACGAUAUCAACGGGCCCAUCCUAAUUACGUUGAAGUUUGAGGAUCUCAAGGAAUUGGACAUUCCGUCAUUCGGCAUGAGGACGCGCGUUUGGAACCAGAUUCAGGUCUUGCGCGACAGCAGACCUAGCUCGCCACGCGCCCCGACGCCGAUCCAAGACGAGCCGAGCCGAGAAGUCAAAAAAGAGACUCGCGAGGUCCGGGCGGCGGAAAGGCAGCAGACGGACGACUGCGGGAUGAAGAGGAGCAAGAGCAGCAGAAGGCGGCCCAAGAAGCCGUCGCACGACGAUAUCAUCACGCCCAUGGAAUCCGUGUCCAUCGUCGGCAUCGAGCAGGUCGUCCCCAAACCGCACCAGUGCCCCAAGGGUGAGAACUGCUCAAAGUGGAGGAAGCAGCAGCGCCUCAUCGAGGCCUUCAAGAAGGAGCACCCCUUUGUCGACCUCGACACGGAACAGGUCGUCAUCACCGGAAACCCAGGCAAUCCGCACACUGCCAGGGCCCUCGAUCCUACGCAAAUCCUCAGGCCUGUCUCGGACGCCGUCCCGUCCGUGGUGGCUUCCUCUGACGUGCUGGGCCCCGGCAACGCCACGCCUCUGCAGUAUCUGCAAGAGGCUGCCCUCCGCAACGUCAUCUCGAGGGACCCCCAGGACAAUGUGCGCCAGUUCCUCGACUUCCAGAAGCACGAGGAUACCACGGUGCCGCCGACACCCCCCUUCGAGAUGGGCUUCCCUGCCAUGAAGGCCCAGCCUGAACGCCUCCGUCACCUGCCGAAGCUCUCCAUCCCGGGUAAGCAGGCUCCUCGCGCCAGCCCUCUCCGCGCCUCGACAGUCCCUCCUCCGUCAGCCCACCCGGAGCCGCUCUCGACACCCCCGUACCACCACCAGCAGCAGCCGCAAGGCUUCGUCCCCUACCACAUGGACCGGGCCGAGGCCAUGUCUCCGGACCUGCAGAGCCCCAUCAACAACCCCUACCGCUUCGGGACUCCCUUCUCCGAGAUGGAUGUUCCCGUCACUGCCGUGCCCAUGGACCGCAUCGCCCGCGACGUGUCCCAGUCUGUUCCUCCUGAGAUGAACUACCGUCCCGGCGUCUCCAAGCAGCAGCAGCCGCCCCUUUCCCGCACCCAAUCCCGCUCCUCUGCCCGCCGCCCGUCGUUCCCCGUCCUUCCCGCCUUGAACGAAAACACCGCGACCCCCAUCGCCCGCACAUCACCCAGACACACUUCCCCGCGCACAUCCGUCCGCCCUCAACCCCUCCAGCAACAGCAGCCUCUCCAAGCCCCUCCCCGUGUGAACUACCCCUGGUCCCCCAUCGAGCGCACAACCCCCUUUGAGCAAGCUAUCCCGCCCAUUACCCACCUCGCGCCCUCCCUCCCCGUCAAACAAGCCGCCUCCGCCGCUCAGCAGGACGGCGUGACCUUCCAGGGCCCCAUGAAGAAGCGCAAGACAAAGAUGCUCCGCCACGAGUGGAACGACACCUUCUGCACCCUCAAGGGCACUCGUCUCGCCGUCCACAAGGACGCAAAGACGGUCGACCGCACGCUCGAGUACGUCGACGUCGACGACUACGCCAUCGCGUGCUCCAGCCUCGCGUCGCAGAGCAAGCUCUCCGCCGCCUUCAAGGCCGUCCACUUCAGCUCCUCGUCGUCACACAGCCGCGAGAAGAGCGACCCCGUUGCGGCGUUUAGCUUCCAGCUCAUCCCGCAGGACAAGGACAAGGAGUCCGCGGGCGCCAAGCUGCGGAAGCGCGGGAGCGCGCUGCACGGCUUCGGGCACGGGCACUCCUCGAGCUCCGGGUCGAUCCCCGCCGAGGGCGCCAACGGCACGGGCAAGACACAUCAUUUUGCCGUCAAGAGCCGCGAUGACCGUAUCGAUUGGAUGCGGGAGUUGAUGCUCGCCAAGGCGCUGAAGCAGAAGGGUGAUGGGUUCGAAGUCAGUGUUAACGGCAACAUGAUCUAG